AUGGGGCAGCAGCUUGUGCUUGCAAGUGUCUUGAUGACGGCUUCGGCCUUGGAUGUGAUUGUGGUCGGGGCCGGGAUGGGCGGCCUGAGUGCAGCAAAGAAGCUCCAAGACAACGGCCACAGUGUCACCCUUUUGGAGGGAAGAGAUCGCAUCGGUGGCCGUACGUGGACGAGCCAUGAAUUGGGCUUCCCCACUGACCUUGGCGCCAGCUGGAUUCAUGGGGCAGGUCCUCAAAACCCUUUGACGCCUUUUCUGGCAGAAUUCGGCAUUGCAACCGUGAGCGAUGCAGAUGGACAGAAGUGUCGUUAUGACACUGAUGGCUACAAGUACUCGCCAUCAGAGGUGAGUAGCUGGGAAGACUAUUGCUGGGAUGCCGAUGAAUCUGCAGCUGUACCCACCACUGGCACCCUGGAGGCAGCCUUGAGGAGCUAUGAUCCGACUUUCUUUAACACUGUGGAGGGGGAGAUGUGUCUUGCGGGCUGGGAUUUCAAUGAGGGCUCUGCUUUGGAUUUGGUCAGCGCGGCGAACAUUGCCCAGAGUGAAGUCACGGUGACUCGACAUAAGUUGGAAAGAUUGAUUGGUUCGUUUUGUUUCUUCACGUCUAACCUACCCAGUACUUUGGGCCAAACCCUUCAAGCAGCAUGGUGGCUCUGA